GCCGCGGUACUGUCAACGUCUUGCAGUAACUCGCACCUGAUCUCGGACUAGGCCAAGGCCUCCCGGUCCCUUCCCGUCUCACGCACUUUUCUAUUCACGUUUCUCAUUCUCUUGCUCUUCUCUUUCUCUCUCUUUUCUUCUUCUCCUUUUUUUCUUUUCCUUUUUUUCCCCUCCUGACCACUUUCAUCCGUCUCUCUUCUUCCCUUCUUUCAGUUCUUUCUCUCUCUUUCCCUCCCAUUCGCGGUACCGCCUGUCUUUCGUUCGCGCUGCCGUGCAUGCCGCGUUUCCUCCGCGUUUCUCUCUCUCUUCGCGCUGCAUUUCGUACACGCGACACGCGCGCACGGCAAACGCACACGCGUACAAACGCGCGUGACUGACAGACAGAGAGGGAAGGAGAGAGAGAGAAAGAGAGACAGACCGUCGUCUCUGUCGCGCGGUAAUACAUACACACGUACACGUACAUACGCGUAAGUGCGCGCGCACACCGCGGCCAGCAACGGCCAGCAGCGAAACCCGGAGUACAAUCCUCGUCGUCGUGUGUCGUCGCGGUCGCGGUCGCGGUCGCGGUCGUCGUCAUCGUCGUCGUGCUAGUCUUCGUCGUCGCUAUUUCCGUUCAACGUUGUCGAUGCGCGGAUGCCGUCGCCGCGGCUCGCUGGUCGCCAUCAGCGAUAACUCGCGCCACUACCGCGAGCUACCAGGUAGCAGCAGUGCCUGUCAUUGCUAUGCCUACGCGAUAAAAGCCUGUAUGAAAGAAGGCAUCAAGAAAGGAAGAGACUGCCCCGCUGCGCCGAGAAUCGUCGUCGCGUCUUCGCCGUCGCUGUCACCGUCGCCGCCGCCGCUGCCGCCACCACCGCCGGCGCAGUCGAUACCAGUAGGGUGGGAGAGAGGAUCGACGGGACCACGAGGGAUUGUGCUCCGCGACAGUCCCGCGCUCUCGUGGCAGAAGGUGAAGAAGGCGGGCGAAGAGCACCGCGCGGAGUGGUAUUAAGCGGCAACACAGUGGCCCGAUGAAGCGGCGUAUGUGACAUCGGAUUUCCUCUCUCUUGCCACCGAGGAGAAGACACCUCGCAGACAUCUUGUUGCCACCGUCCACCACGCCGUCGGUCCUCCAUUCGCUUGGAGGCCAGUGGAGCAGCGACGCCAGAAAAUAAUAAGAGCCGUGGUAGCCUUGCGGAAACGUAACAGUGGUUGGCUUCGGCCAACAGAGGCGAACGAGAUAUCAUGGCGACGAUAGACGGCCGGCCGGCCCAGUAUGGUGUGUCUCUUAAGCAACUUCGCGAGCUCAUGGAGCUUCGGGGACGAGAGGGUGUCAACAAAAUCAAUGGCUACGGUGGUGUGCAGGAGAUUUGUAAAAAGCUGUAUACCUCACCCAGUGAAGGUCUCAGUGGGUCAACAGCUGAUAUUCAACAUAGGCGAGAUACAUUUGGUUCCAAUAUGAUACCACCAAAGCCACCAAAAACGUUUCUACAAUUAAUAUGGGAUGCAUUGCAAGACGUCACGUUAAUCAUCUUAGAAGUAGCAGCAUUGGUUUCAUUAGGUCUUAGCUUUUAUCAGCCAGCGGAUAAUGAUGAAGAAGAAAAACCGUUAGUAGAUGAGGACGAAUCGAAAUACGGUUGGAUCGAAGGACUCGCUAUAUUGAUUUCUGUAAUUGUGGUGGUCUUAGUGACAGCGUUUAAUGACUAUUCCAAGGAGAGACAGUUUAGAGGUCUUCAAAGUCGGAUAGAAGGAGAGCAUAAAUUCUCGGUUAUUCGACAAGCGGAAGUGAAACAAAUCUCCGUGUCUGACAUUGUCGUCGGUGACAUCUGUCAGAUAAAAUAUGGAGACCUGUUGCCUGCAGACGGUAUUCUUAUACAAAGCAACGAUCUCAAAGUGGAUGAAUCCAGUCUGACUGGGGAGUCAGAUCAUGUAAAAAAGGGGGAAUCGUUCGAUCCCAUGGUACUUUCAGGUACGCACGUGAUGGAGGGUUCCGGGAAAAUGUUAGUUACUGCAGUAGGUGUUAACUCCCAGGCCGGUAUUAUCUUUACUUUAUUGGGUGCUGCUGUUGAUCAACAGGAGCAGGAGAUCAAGAAAAUGAAGAAAGAGGCUAAAAAGCAGCGGAAGAAGAAGUCAUUACCAGGCGAAGAAGGGGUAGAGAUUACCGGGAACAGUCACGUGAGCGGUGGAGGCGGCGGCGGUGGUGGCGGUGGUGGCAAACACGAGGGUGGCGAGAAUCAUCACGUGACCACCAGUGCUUCGAGCUCCAGCGAGAACAAGAAGGAGAAGAGUGUUCUACAAGCCAAGCUAACGAAACUCGCCAUAUACAUCGGUUACGCUGGCUCGACCAUAGCGAUACUCACUGUCGUCAUUCUAGUCAUACAAUUCUGCGUGACGACCUUCGUCAUUCACGGCAAACCGUGGAGGAACACGUACGCCGGUGAUCUGGUGCGGCAUCUGAUCAUCGGUGUGACGGUGCUCGUAGUCGCCGUACCCGAGGGUCUUCCUCUGGCUGUCACCUUGUCGCUCGCUUAUUCCGUCAAGAAAAUGAUGAAGGACAACAAUCUGGUGCGUCACUUGGACGCCUGCGAGACAAUGGGUAACGCCACCGCCAUUUGCUCGGACAAGACCGGCACCCUGACUACCAACCGAAUGACCGUGGUACAGUCGUACAUAUGCGAGAAGAUGUGCAAGACCACGCCGAACUUCUCAGACAUGCCGAGCCACAUCGGCGAGCUGAUGAUACAAGCCAUCUCCAUCAAUUCGGCGUACACGUCCCGGAUAAUGGAGUCGCAGGACUCUACUGAAUUGCCGAUGCAGGUCGGCAACAAAACCGAAUGUGCCUUACUUGGAUUCGUGUUAGCCCUGGGCAAGAAAUAUCAAACUGUGCGUGACGACUACCCUGAGGAAACCUUUACGCGGGUGUAUACGUUUAAUAGUGUAAGAAAGAGCAUGUCUACUGUCAUUCCCAGGAAGGGCGGUGGAUUCAGGCUCUUCACCAAGGGCGCUUCCGAGAUCAUCAUGAAGAAAUGUGCCUUUAUAUAUGGUCGCGAGGGUCAUCUGGAGACGUUUACCAGAGAGAUGCAAGAGCGUCUGGUAAAGAACGUGAUCGAGCCCAUGGCAUGCAACGGUCUGCGCACCAUCUCCAUCGCUUAUCGCGACUUUGUUCCUGGCAAGGCGGAGAUCAAUCAAGUUCACAUCGACAACGAGCCCAACUGGGACGACGAGGAUAAUCUAGUGAACAACCUCACCUGCCUGUGCAUCGUCGGUAUCGAGGAUCCGGUUCGUCCCGAGGUACCUGACGCGAUUAAGAAAUGCCAAAAGGCCGGCAUCACUGUGCGUAUGGUGACGGGCGACAAUAUAAACACCGCGAGAUCCAUCGCGCUCAAGUGCGGUAUUCUGAAGCCGAACGAGGACUUCCUCAUCCUGGAGGGCAAGGAGUUUAACCGUAGGAUCCGUGACAGCAACGGCGAGGUGCAGCAACACCUUCUAGACAAGGUGUGGCCGAAAUUGCGCGUCCUGGCCAGAUCGUCGCCCACGGACAAGUACACUCUGGUGAAGGGCAUUAUCGACAGCAAGGCGACCGAAAGUCGCGAGGUCGUAGCCGUGACUGGCGACGGCACGAACGACGGCCCGGCGUUGAAGAAGGCGGACGUCGGCUUCGCGAUGGGCAUCGCCGGCACGGAUGUGGCCAAGGAGGCCUCCGAUAUCAUUCUGACGGACGAUAACUUCUCCUCGAUCGUCAAGGCAGUCAUGUGGGGCAGAAAUGUCUACGACAGUAUUGCCAAGUUCUUGCAGUUCCAACUGACCGUCAACGUGGUGGCCGUGAUCGUCGCCUUUAUCGGUGCUUGUGCCGUGCAGGACUCGCCACUGAAGGCGGUACAGAUGUUGUGGGUAAAUCUAAUUAUGGACACGUUAGCGUCUCUCGCCUUGGCCACCGAAAUGCCUACGCCCGACCUUCUCCUCCGUAGACCGUACGGUCGCACAAAACCACUCAUUUCCAGGACAAUGAUGAAAAACAUUCUUGGUCAGGCCGUUUAUCAGUUGACCGUAAUUUUUAUGCUUCUUUUCGUCGGUGACAAGAUGCUCGACAUCGAAACGGGCCGCGGAGUCGCGGCGGCGGGUGGCGGGCCCACGCAACACUUCACUGUCAUCUUCAACACGUUCGUCAUGAUGACUCUUUUCAACGAAUUCAACGCUAGGAAAAUUCACGGUCAACGCAAUGUCUUCCAGGGAAUAUUCACUAACCCCAUCUUCUACUCGAUUUGGGUCGGCACGUGUUUCUCGCAAGUGGUCAUCAUACAAUACGGUAAAAUGGCAUUCAGCACUAGAGCUCUCACGUUAGAACAGUGGAUGUGGUGCCUGUUCUUCGGAUUCGGUACGCUAUUGUGGGGCCAAGUAGUUACGACUAUUCCUACACGCAAGAUUCCCAAAAUUCUUUCAUGGGGCCGCGGCCAGCCAGAUGAUAUCGGCGCGAUGAAUCUAGGAGACGAGAAAUUCGACCCUGACUCGGAUAAAAAGCCGCGCGCAGGACAAAUUCUAUGGAUCCGUGGUCUUACACGGCUACAAACACAGACGAGCAAUAGAACUCUGGUGCAGAAUGUAUCUGUGACAGGCAGAUCCCCUUCUCAGGAUUACUACAUGCUUCGAGUAAUCAGAGCGUUCAAGUCGACUCUGGAAGAUCUGGAGGAGCGUCGCUCUGUCCAUAGUUUACACAGCUUACACAGUAUGCGCAGUUCACGCAGCCACACCGGGCCCCGACCACUCUCUGACUUCACAUACAUUGACGAAGACCCGACAAACACCGCGCAGAACGCCGCCAACAGGUCCUCCUGCAAUAGGAGUGCCGAGCCGAAUCAGGAUUACGAGACAAACUACAAAGGAUCCAGGAUGCAGUCCCUCAACAGCCCCGCCUCGCCGUUGUUGCUGAGCGUGACUGGACCGGCCAACGCGUACAAUCAUCAUUACACCAUCAACACCACUACCGACAAUAGAUUCCCCUCCAGUAACGCCCUCAAUCAGCCCCUGAGCCCCAACCAUACGGCGCAGAUGAGCAGUAAUAGAGACAACACCGGGAAUUCCCUGCUUCUGAGUUCCAACAAUUUGGUGCUACCGGAGCUGACUAAGCUCGUGCACGAGACCAGCAUCUAAGAACAUUCUCUUUCUUUCUCUCUCUCUCUUUCUUUUUCUAUCUCUUCUGCGUGUCGUCUCAUCAUAUCUCCUUCCAUUCCUUCCUGUUUCUUUUUUUGGUCGUUUUUGAUCGUCAUUCUUUCCCGCAUUUUUUCCAUGUCACGCUAUUCUCUCUCGUCUCGAAUCAAUCUGUCUGUUCUUUGGUUCAAUGUUUCCCUCUCAUCCCGAUCCUUCUUUUUUCUUCGUGACUUUUAUCCAUCACUCUUCUUCCUCUACUAUGUAGAAGGAUUUGUAUAUAUUCUCCCUUCUGUGGUCUUGUCCUCGUACAUUCCGCGAGAUUUAGUCUCGCCCGAUUUCGCCGUGACGAGACGGCGAGUGUUUCGUCGCGAGGAUCGGUCAGCGAGGAACAGGGAAUCGUCCACAUGGACGACGUAGACGAUACGGACAGUACACUCCCGUUCGCAUUUCGUCCCCUCUCCCCCUCUUCUAAGAUUUAUCGUCCAUAUAUCGUCUUUUUCCGCCACUCUUUCGCGAGGACGUACUUAUCGCAACUUUGCUCGUUCCGGUCACUGAGUUUUCUGUCCCCUCGAUUGUAUCCUCUCUUUCUCUCUCUCUCUCUCUCUCUCUCUUUCUCGUGAUCUCUCGUUUUCUUCCUCUGUGUUCCGUUCCCCGCCAGCUUUUCCAACUCUUUGCCGGAAAUAUCUCAUCACUCGCUCAACGGGGACGGCGGAACUGUUUUGAUCUCAAAAUAUCAAAACGCGCGCUGAUUCAGAAUACGCCUACACAGCGGGAACAAGGCGGGACAUUCACUAGCCGUGUGCUACUAGAAAAGAAAAAUCGAGGACAACGAUGUACUUAACGCAUAAUGUUCGUGAUAUGAUUGGGUUUGGGGGAGGGAGGGUGGAAGAGAUAUGGGGGUGGUCGCGUCAACGAUCUUGUCGCCUGGGUUCUCAUUACGUGGGUCACAUUAUUAUACAUAUAUAGAUACAUACAGGAGUCCUGCUUUUUACUCGCUUCUUCCUUAUAUUCGAUUGUAUCGGAUGAAAGUACUGUUUCGUCUUUUAAAACAGCGGAAACUCACGCUGUUAUUCACGUGAACUUCUUGGAUUUUCUUCUUCUUUCUUUUUAACGACAAUAUAAUCGCAGUGUACGAGUUAAGAGGAAACAGGAAAAAUGUGAAACAAACGGAAGUGAAACAAACAGGAAAAAUGUGAAACAAACGAAGGUAGUUAAUUAAACAUUAGUUUGGCAUUAACUAAUUAACAUUACUCCCGGCAGCAAGACGUUAUUAUCUAAUAAUUUGAUCAUACAUUUUUUGUUCUUGGUUUCAAGUAACUUAGUAAUUGGGGAAAUUGAGGGGUCUGGAGGGGUUUCAAGUGUCAGCGAGAAAUGUGGCUGAAGAAAAAUAAUUGAAGAAUUCGGCAUUAAAAUUGCGUGGGUAAUAUUGUAUUGGGAGAUUGCGCGCUGGACAUGAAAAAAAUGGAAAUAGUACUUCACUCGUCCUUGAGGAAACAUAGACAGCGCUUAAGUGCUUAUAACUGACCUCCUCCCGUACAAACGUUUACUUAUUUACCUUGCAUACCUAUCUACUUACCCAUAUACUUACACUUACCGACCAAUAAUUGGUGAUAAAAUAGCAGUCCACUCCAGUGGGAUCUUCAUCAACAAUAAUUCUUCGCAGACUAAAUACAGACCAUAUAGGUUGAAAAGCAUGUUAUCUAUCUAAUAUCUACACUGAGAAAUAAGAAGUGGUUGAACUAAACGCGCAAUUUGUUCAAUAGAUACAAUGUAUUUCAUUGUAGGCGAAUGACAGCCGGUUUUGUUGAUCCAACUGCUUUUUUCUCAAUAUUCUCUUUUAAGAUUAGGGAAACUACUGUAUCGUAUUUACAGUGAUAAGGACGCGAAAUGGUUAGGAGCCAGUAAAGGGUUACAGAUACACUCUCCUAAGAGUCGAUAUUCGAUCGCGAUAAAAAAAAAAGAAAGAAAUGAUUUCAACGAAAUCAUUUCACCAGGCAUCAUUUCUUCUUUCGCGAAAUCGCUCGGUCCCUCUUCAGUCCCGAGCGUUCGACAAUUCGAUGGUCGGUAGUAGUACACUUAUACACACUCUCGCUUAUCUCUGAGACUGAAAGUGAAAUGUGUCUGUUCGUUUGACCGUGCGAUGUAACUGUAAGCGGACGGGACUCGUCGAGGAUCACAAGGACGAUGACGGCGACAGUGACGUCAUCACUAUGCCACUAAUCUACCUCGACAGAGCGCGACUAUCUUUGAUAAUCGUCGCGGACUGCCCCUCACGAGUGUCGUCAACGACGAAACUACUUUCCGUCGUCUCCCGCGGGGAAUAAGACGCGCGUGUUUCGGCGCUGCUUGAGCGCAGUCGACGAUCUACCUCCGCACCGCGGUCUUCUCGCACACCACACGUCGGGAGGUGUUCUCGUUCUCGGGGGCUGAAUGUACUUAUACCUUUACCGUCACACCUCGAUCUCUUCUGCUCUCCCGACUUCACCGUCACUCCUCGUGACGCGGGGUCAGGUCUCUACGUGCCUCGUAAUUCGACGCGCAUUCAGUUGGAAAGCCGAGCCCGAAGCUAAAAGCACGGGAUCCUUUUCUGGAGACUCCGCUAGUGAAACACCUUAUAUCAAGUCUUAUCCGCCAUAAUUUAACUUCCGGCAGUUUUGUAUAUCGGUAACCUUUAAUUUAUCGCAGUGGAGAUAAUCUUUGGAAGUUUAUCAAUUGGAAAUUAAUCGCGGAGAAGAAGAUAUGUGCUUCCGUUGGAAAGCUAAACCUCUUUGAAUGUGAUAUCGAAAGAAAUGUUGCAUCAAUCUGGCCCCACUCAUGAAUCCUCUACCUCGUAUUUUAUCGUUUUGACUUGAGUUCUUAAGUUUGUGAGAAAUCUCGAUGUCCUCUUGCCUCUUUUUUUUUUCUUUCUACUCCCCACUCCUUUUUUCUCUCCUCCUUUUCUUUCACUGUAUUUGCAUUUUUGUCGCUUCUUACUCCAACUCUGUCUGAAUAAUCGAGUCCUGUGAGACUCUCGGCAGAGGGAUGACUCCUCACGGAGGGAGGAUCUGUAUAUGGCCCUGGCGAUACAUCUAGAUUCUCUCUCUGUUUCUCCCUUUCCUUCACUCUCUCUCUCUCUCUCUCUCUCUCUCUCUCUCUGUCUUUCUCUCACUCACACAAACAUACAUACAGACACAUACGACUGCUCGGGAGAAAUUGCGGGGGCUCAGAGACAUUGGGAAGCGUCCGACAGAAAUCCCAUUCUCACUCUUUCGCUGGAGCGAAAAAUGAGAACACAAAAGGAAAAAAAAAAAGAGAAGCUUCUGUUAGAGUUCACUUCCAUCGUGGAAUGAAAUUAAUGACGAGCGCGGACAAGAGUAGCGCUAGACAGAUUAGAUUACUUCUAUGUUCUCCACCGAGCAACAGCGUCGAGCGAUCGAGCGGCGAACACGCGACGAUGACGAUGACAAUGACGACGACGGCGACAAUGACGUCAUUACGGACGGAGAGACCGAGAGAAGUACUCUCGCUCGAUAUUAAGUGUAAGUUUUAUUUAAUUUUAUGUCGCUCCCAUUUAUUUAUGAGCCUUGUAACUUAAAAGAAAGAAGGAACCUAGGGGUUCCGGAUGCGCCUUCUAACGAGCACACGUCGACCGAACUCGUGAAGUCGUCGACCACGAGAAAUCGUCUUUGGCAUUCCGUGGAAUCGCCAGCGCGUACUGAACUCGCGUAUCCGGGGAGACCGAAACCGGUAUUGCUUCGAUGAGUCCGGACUAUCUCCGCGCUACAGGCACGCGAGAGUGACCGCUCUGCGUUUUCUCAGCAAAUCGGUUACUUCGAUUAAAAUUCAAUCAAAUAAUGCGGACGACAUGAAAACGCAACGAAAUCGCGCCGGGCUGCAUUCUUCUCUCUUUUCUCCCGUGGCGUGUCCGUGAUCCAACUUGUCGAGAUUAUAUCGGUUUUAAUCUCUGCCGGUGCUUCCCUCCACGUUCCAUUUUCCCGCGAGAAGACGGAAUACUUUCGAGAGGCGAAUUUGUCGACGACGAAAAAUGUACUUAAUCAUCGGGAUCUCGUUAUCUCCGAUGUUGUUGAUCUUUCUCCGUCGUUUUCUCCGCGUUACUUCUCCUCCGUCUCUCUUUCGCGCGCUUUCCCCGCCGCAUCCAGGUCGCUCCUUCAUUCCAUAGGGACAAUACUCGUAAUUGUGACACUGAGGUAUCGAUAGCGCAAUGCUUCUCAGUGAUGAAAGUAACGAUAAUUUUGGAAUCUUCGAGGAACGAUCGAUCUAAUAUUCUCUCACUGAACGAUCAUCGGAAUCGAAUUAAUUAUUGACUUUGUGUGUUUGACACAAUUAUCAUUAAUUAAUAAUAUAUUAUAUGAUUAUGUCACGACGCCGCGUAUAUAACUUAACGAUGCAAUUACUACGACGGUGUGCCUAAUCUUCCCUCCCCUCUCGUACGAGGAUCAACGAGAUACACAAUGUUCGAUCGCCGGAAGACGGAACGUGGUUGCCGAAAAUUAUCUUCUUUCUUCCUAUCUUUCUCUCUCUUUUUUUUUAAUAGUCACUUAACCACGUAUCGUACCGAGAUAUCGUUCUUGACUAAACAUCGUUGAUUUCGAAUGCGUCUGCUACUGCCAGCGUUAACACACGUGAACAAAUAAAGACACAAAAAGGAGAAGAAGAAGCCACUAACGACACAGAAGGAGCUGUGAAAACUCGUUAGGUCGUUAGGUCUUCUUUGAGUUGCGACUUUCGGUCGCCUCGAUAUAAGGGCGACAUAAGGGCCGCCGUAAACGGCAAAUGGCAUGUAAAUUAAAUCGCGACGCCGUGUUAUUCACCAUUCUCGUGCGCGCAUACAGAUUAAGAAGCUAUGCACCGUGAAGUACAAGCAAUUACGAUUGGAUUAAUUAAAGUGUUAGGUGAGAGAUAAAUCGUUCGUAGAAUUUCAAGUUGUAUGUUUUUAAUUAUAUUUCCGAACCCCAGGAAAUAUUUCGUAGUGUAAAAAUAACGCGCUGUAAUGUUUCGCGUGAUAAUAGUUCUUUCUCUUUCUUUCUCUCUCUCUCUCUCUCUCUCUCUCUCUCUCUCUCUCUCUCUCUCUCGAUUAAUAGAUAGAUAGAUAGAUAGAUAGAUGGAUGGAUGGAUGGACAGACAGAUAGCUACAUAGAGAUAUAGUCGUCUUGAAAUAAAAAAUAUCACAUUUACGCGGGGCAAGAGUGAUUGUAAAUGUACACCAUAAGAUGCCAUGGGAAGGAUCAGAAAAUCUCGUGACUCUUCUAAGCCUGAGGAAGAAUUUCUCGUUGGGACGACAGGCGGCCCUUAUGUCGUGGAUAGCGAGUCAAAUCUGGAUGCAUACCGUUCUUCAGUUAAUUCAAUAGCAUCGAGUUAGAAUUCCAUUCGCUCUUACCGUGUAAGAUCCGUAUUACCUCUCGUAUAUAAUUUGUCGCUCUGCGUAACUUCGUGUUAUCGGAGCAUAAUCUUACAUACAUGAUCUGUUCGAUAGAGAUCUCGCAGAUUUCUAUUAUCUGUUUUCAAGAAUUCCUGAAGAUAUUUUUUGAAAUUUGUUUUUUACCUUUA